AUGAAUUUGUUUUUUUCCCAAUUGAAGACAAUCUGCCAGAAGGUACCUGUAAUCACUGAACUGUGCUCUGCUUACUGCAUACUAAGUCUUAUGGCGAAUCAGUAUAGAUAUAAGUUCGGUCCAACGUCUCACCCGCGCUCUCUCAAUCAUAAUAGUUUUGGAAACAAUGCCACCAUCAACCAGGGAGACAUCCAUUACAAUGUGACCCCUGGUCCUCUAUUACCCGGGGUUGAUAAGCCGACAUAUGUUAUUCCAUAUCCUCGCAACAAGGAUGUGAUUCGCCGCAAAAAGUUGGUAGAUCAACUGGAUCAACUUCUUCCACGGGGAUCGAAGUUCCACAGUGCUGCGCUUUGGGGACUAGGAGGGUCGGGAAAAACUCAGAUCGCCUUGGACUAUGCGUACCGACGAUACGAAUAUAAAACAUGCAGCGUAUUCUGGGUGCAUGCAGAUAGCAAGGCGACGUUUAUACACGAUUACAAGACAAUUGCGAACAAACUUGGCAUCGAACAAGCUGCCGCGGCCGACGGGAAGGAUCUACUUAGAUCUGUACGUAACGGUAUCGAGGCAUGCCCAUCGUGGGUACUUAUCCUUGAUAAUGUGGAUAUUCUCGAAUUAUUCGGCGUUGGAUUAUCCACAGAUGAAGCUACGAACAGCCUAUACAAGUAUGUCCCAAACGGGCCUACAGGGACAAUACUGUGGACAAGUCGUGACGCCCGUAUUGCGGGCACUCUGGUUGGCGCACAAAGAGGUGUUGAGGUUCCAUCUAUGGAACGUGACGAAGCCAUCGAGCUUCUUAACAAAAUGAGAAGUGAGGAAGCUCGCGUUGAAGAAUUUGAUGAUGAUAUCGAAAUCCUUCUUGAAGAACUACAGAGGUUUCCGCUAGCUAUCUCUCAAGCUGGUGCAUAUAUGCGGCGAAUGCGGAUGACUGCCGCCGGGUACCUGUCUUUGCUUCGAGAGAGCAAACGCCGAUGGGAUACCCUUAAGACUACUGAAUUCGAUCGACAUCGAAGGCCCGAAAUGCCCAAUAGUGUACUUGACACGUGGACUGUCUCAAUGGAGCGAAUCCAAAGUGAGAACAGAACGGCAUACCAAGUUCUUCAUAUCUUAAAGAUCAGCAAGUGUAGCAACGAGGACCCGACCAAGGAACUUGAGCUGGAGGUGACGUCUGUAAUCAUGCGGCUGCAAGAAUUCUCGUUCCUCAGGACGCGCCAUAUUGAGGAUGGUGGUCCAAGCUAUGAGAUGCAUAAGCUUGUGCAAGAAGCAGCAAGAUACAGGCUAGCUAUGCGAGGCCUUCAAAAUGUACCUGGACAAGAGAUUCCGAUGAAAACAGAAGCAAGCGACGAGGUAUAUUACACAAGAAUUGCCUUGCAGGCAUUGUCAGAGCUCUUCCCAGCUUCAAAGCCAGAGUCAUGGGGGCAGUGCGAGAGGUAUUUGGCUCAUGCUGUAGGAAUGGGCGACUGGGCAGAAAUCAGCCAUAGGGAAGCCGAUACGUCUGAACUUUUAAGCAGAGCGUCUGGGUACUUAUAUGACCGAGGACGGUGGAGAGAGAAAGAGGCCGUGGAUCAGAGAACGCUAGAACUAAGGCAAAAAGUUCUCGGGGAGCGACAUCCACAUACACUUAAAAGUAUAGCUUCACUUGCAGCAGCAUACUAUUACCAGGGUCAGCAUGAAAAAGCCAAAGAUUGCUACAAAAAAGGGAUGGAACUUCGGCGACAGACACUUGGAGAGAAACAUCCAGAUACCCUUCGAGCUAUGAAUUUACUUGUACUUGGAGAGAAGCACACACACACGCUUGAGAGUUUGGCUUCAAUCUCAGCCGUCUAUCACUACCAGGGUGAUUGUGCCAAAGCCAAACCUCUCAAGAUGGAAGCUUUAGCUAUCCAACGAGAGGUACUCGGCGAGAAGCAUCCAUCUGUGCUUUGGAAUAUAGGAUCACUUGCAGCAACAUGUCAGGGCCUGGGUGAGUAUAAAGAAGCCAAAGCUCUCUAUCAGGAGACUCUGGACCUCCGUCGGGAGACGCUUGGCGAGAAUCACCCAGACACGCCUCGGAGCAUAACCCAACUCGGGGCAAUAUACCACGAUCUGCGCAAAUAUAAACUGGCAGAAUCUCUUGCAAGGGAAGCGUUAAAACUUGAGCAGAAGAUGCUGGGAGAGGAACACCCCUAUACGCUUCAAUCUAAGCAUAACCUAGCCAUUGCAUUGCGCAGUCGCGGUGAUUCGGGCAACGCUCUUUCUUUUAUGCAAGAAUCAUCCAUUUACACAGGAUUCUAA